UCCAAAAUCCUAUUCGGCAUGUAGAAUUACAUUCAAUUAACCAAUCAUGAUAAAGAAAUUUUGUUCUUGUUGUUUCGAUUGAUCAAUUAAAUUCUACUUUACCAUCUGUGAAUAUUGCUGCAAGUUGGUAUUGUCUCUGCUCUCAAAUUUGGCGGGUUCGUAAGGAAGAAUAUCGUCAUCUCCAGUAUUAAAAGUUCCUCAAUGUUUUGAGAUAUUCACACUUACGUCAGUCUGAUUGAUUAUUGAAGAGUAACUAUUUUUGUAUUUAUAAUUAAUUUCUUUCUUUCAUUUUUUGUGACAAUACGUUACAAUAUUGCGUUACAAUAUUGCGUUUAAAAGAUUAGUUUUGCAAAAAUGAAUAUUUCAUGGUCAAACACAGCAAGUGCAUUGCAGGACUUUGUGGAUCUUUUGAUUUGUGGAAAAUGUGGACAUAAACCAGUUUCUCCCAUAAGAUUCACAAAUUGUGGACAUUUCUUCUGUGAAAAUUGUGCUAAGUUGACCACAAAAUGCUUCAUAUGUGAUAUACCAGUGCAGCCAAAGGAAAUGAAUCCCGAUCACAUGAUAUCCAAUCUCAUCAGAAAUUGCGAUGCUAUUGCUGAAGUUAUUAAUAAGAAAGACCUAUGGGAUAAAAAUAAAGAUAUCCUCAAUAUGUCAAUGGAUACCACAGUAUCUAAGACAAUUUGUACACCAAAAAAUAUGAAUAUACCUAAAAGGAAUAUAAAUAAAACAAAUUUUAAAGGAGAAACACAGUUACAUAUUGCAUGUUUGAAGAAAAAUGUUGAACAUGUCAAACUUCUCUUGAUAGCUGGAGCAGAUCCUAAUACAAAGGAUAAUGCUGGUUGGACACCACUGCAAGAAACAGUCAGUUAUGGGUAUACUGAAUUAUGUAAAUUAUUAUUAGAAGGUGGAGCAUUGCCUAAUACACCAGGCAAUGAAAGUAGGAGACCACUACAUGAUGCAGCAAUGUCUAAUAGGAUUGAAGAAGCUAAAUUACUACUGCAGAAACAUGCUGACAAAGAUGUGUAUGAUCAAUAUGGCAAAACCCCUUUAGAUUAUUGUACAUCAGAUGAGAUGCGGGAAAUUCUGGAAAAUCAUGAGUCACCACACUUAUUCGAGGAAACAUUUGAUCUUAAUCAAACUCUGGAUAGAUCAUUUGCUGUAGGACAGGAGAAGUUAGUGGUUCUUGCUUCAAAUUUGAGACUCGAGAAUCAGAAGAUGCUUAGUCUUGUAGCUGCACAACAUAAAUUUAAAGUUUUAACCACAGACAGAUCAUCUAUUACGCAUGUUAUAGUGGAGACAAAUGAGCAGAACAUUGCAAAAUUGACAGUCGAUGUUUUAUUUGCUAUUGUCCGUGGAAGUUGGCUUCUUAACAGUGAAUGGAUUACAAUUGCGGCAGAUAUGGAGGACGUAUCUAAUAUGGAUCUUGAAGUGUUCGAAGUUAGUGGCGCGCCGUUCCACGGGGUUCCAAGGAAAGCGAGACUGAACGCGGAGCAUCAAAAGCCGCGUCUCUUCAACAACUGCUUCUUUUACUUCACUCCACGGGCGAACGGCGAAUAUCGAAUUGGCGACAUACAUUUAACGAAAAAUGUUCUGGCGAAACUAGUGAUGGAAGGUGAAGGAACUGUGCUGGCUAGAGAGCCAGAUCCGAAAGACUUGAAAGACGAUAUAUCGCGGGCAAUACCUUUUCACACUGCCGACGACUCGUCUCAUCCUCUGCACAGGUGCACCCAUUAUAUUAUAUAUAUGCCGGGCAAAGGUGAGCCGCGCAUCAAAUACAAGAUGCCGCACAUCAAGAGCCUCCCGCUGAUGUGGCUAAUCGAGUGCAUCGAGAAAUUCACUCUAGUCGAUCCGGCUUAUCUGGGACUGUCCUGAAUGCCUGAAUAUACUUUACCAGUAUUCUAUCAUUAUAUUACCUUGACGGGAAUCCAAUUUGUAAGUUUAAAAUAAAUUUAUAUGUUUUUUUUUCUGUUGCAAGCCAUUGCGCUGCUGUGUAUUUAUCGCGACUUCGGAAAAUUUUAUAUAUUUCACUUUAUAUUUUACACACUAAGACAUCUAUACGUAUAGUAUGUAGUAUUCGCGGAGUCUUACUGUCGUCUAAUUAAGCGAAAGUUUCAUAUAUACGUGAAAUGCAAUAAAAAAAGUUUGAUAAGAUAUUGUGACGAAUAGAACUAAGAUAACUGGAGCAAAUGAAACGAAUCAAAGAAAUAAACGAAUAGAAUUAUUAUUUUUA